CUAAAUUAAUUCUCUUUGAAUUUUCCCUCGUCUCUCUCUCUCUCUCUCUCCCAUUUUUCUUUCUUUCACUCAAAUCAUAAAUCAGGAAGUAGCUCGGAUAAGAAACCCUUUGCCAUCGUUUUCUCCCACAUCUGAUAGUGUAAAAUGGGAACAAAAAGAGGUAGACCGAGAAAGAAACCGGUUGUAGAGGAACAAAAUUGCAGCAAUGAAGGUGCUCCACCGGAAGAGAAAGACGAAGCAUUUGACAACUACGAGGUUGAACGUCAAUGUGCUGCAAUCAGAGCUCUCCGGGAUGUUGAAAUCGAACGAUUUAGCACUGUGUUGCAGUUACUUCGUUUGUAUUUCAGUGAAGACCAGUUGCAGAUUCCUGUAUUGCAGUUUUUCAGUGAAAAACUUCCGAACCUAUCCCUUGAAGCGACUGGAAAGGAUGGCCAGUAUGAAGUGAAAUCGAAAGGGAAAGCCGUGGAUGUAACUCUGGACAAUGGUGACGAAAGAACAUUACAUGCUGCUCUUCUACGUCGGCUGUCAUUAGCUUAUCCUGAUUUCUCCGCGGGGAUUCCUUCUUUAGACGGAUUCGAAUUUUCAAAUCAAUCUGUGAAAACAACCAUUUUUGGUGCUGAUAAACUACAGAUCAGGAGUCUCGUUUUUGACGACCCAUCCCAUUCACAAAUGUUAGAGCUGAAGGAUGAGCUGCGGACUCCAAAUGUUAGUAACCAUAGAUUGUCAGUUGGGGUAACCCCCAAAAGCAAGAGGCUUCCAAAGUGUGGCGAGAUGCUUCUAUCCGUACGCGGCUCACCCCUUGGUGUCUUCAAAGAAGAUAACAUGGAAACCAUACAAGAAAGCGAAGAUGGUUGAAUUGCGGGAGCCAAGACGAGCAUUUUGGAGCGAGGUAAACACUAGAUAUAAAUUUAUUUAACUUUGUAGCUCGAGUCAUCCCUCUUGAGUUUCAUUUUCUUGAUGCUUGUCUAAACACGGACUUGUAAUAGUCGUAGAAAUUUGUCGUUCACGUCGUGUUUCGUCUAAAAAACGGUACAAGGUUUGUGUGCCGUUACUAUCACUACUAUGUGUGAGAUAGUGACCGAUACAAUGGAAUGGGAUAGAGAAUAGAUGGCUGAGAAUCAGUGUUUGUUA